CGGGCUCCUCCCGCGGGCAUGAACGGCUAUGGCUCCCCGUACCUCUAUAUGGGCGGCCCGGUGUCGCAGCCCCCGCGGGCUCCGCUGCAGCGAACGCCCAAGUGCGCCCGGUGCCGCAACCACGGCGUGCUGUCCUGGCUGAAGGGGCACAAGCGCUACUGCCGCUUCAAGGACUGCACCUGCGAGAAGUGCAUCCUCAUCAUCGAGAGGCAGCGGGUGAUGGCCGCGCAGGUGGCUCUCCGCCGGCAGCAGGCCAACGAGAGUCUGGAGAGCCUCCUCCCAGACUCCUUGCGCUCCCUCCCGGGGCCGCCGGGCAGCGCCGAGCCCCCCACGCCGCCGCCGGGCCCGCCACCCUGCGCGGCACCGCCGCGGGCCCCCGCCGAGCUGGCCGCCGCCGCCGCCCUGCGCUGGGCCACCGAGCCGCCCCCUGCGCUCCCGGGGCCGCUCCCCAAGGCAGACAUGAAUGAGGAGAGGUUGGGUGAUGCCAGUGGAGCAGACAAUGCUGAGACCUACAGCGACAAAGACACAGACCAAAGGAGUUCCCCAGAUGUGACUAAAGCCAAAAGCUGUUUCACCCCUGAAAGCCCUGAAAUUGUUUCAGUGGAUGAGGUUGGUUAUGCAGUUCAGAAAAAUGGUGGGAGCACAGAGAAUCAUCCAGACAGCCCCAAGUACCACCCAGAGCAGAACCACCUCCUGAUAGAAGGUCCUUCUGGGACAGUUUCUUUACCCUUCAGUUUGAAAGCAAACAGACCCCCGCUUGAAGUCUUGAAAAAGAUCUUCCCUAAUCAAAAGCCAACUGUGCUAGAGUUGAUCCUGAAGGGGUGUGGUGGUGAUCUGGUGAGUGCUGUGGAGGUUCUCCUGUCUAGUCGGUCUUCAGUGGCCAGUGGGGAGAGAACUUCUGCAGAAUCUGAUGGUCUUGUUUUGCCUUCCAACGGGCACAUUUUUGAACACACGCUGAGUUCCUACCCUAUUUCAUCCUCCAAGUGGUCUGUGGGCUCAGCAUUUAGGGUUCCUGACACACUAAGGUUCUCUGCUGAUUCCAGUAAUGUCAUGCCAAAUCCUUUGGCUGUACCUCUGCAACACCCUUUCCCUCAACCACCACGCUACCCGCUGAUGUUGAGGAACACUUUGGCAAGAAAUCAGUCCAGCCCGUUCCUGCCCAAUGAUGUCACUCUGUGGAACACCAUGACACUGCAGCAGCAGUACCAGCUGCGGUCCCAGUAUGUCAGUCCUUUCUCUAGCAACACAACCACAGUUUUCCGAAGCUCACCUGUACUUCCUUCCCGCUCGUCAGAGGAUCCUAGGAUCUCAAUUCCUGAUGAUGGGUGUCCUAUUGUGUCUAAGCAACCAAUUUACACAGAAGAUGAAUAUGAGGAAAGGUCUGAUUCUUCAGACUCAAGAAUACUCAACACAUCUUCUUAAACUGACAUUUGACGUGUGAUAGCUAAGUGAUACUCACAGUGCAGCUGAACUACUGGCCCCUAAGAGGAGGGAACAUACUCUAUGAAACUCUUGCAAUUGUUUUAAAAAGUGACUUUGCUUGGUAUUAUACUAUAGCAAUAAAGACAUAACUUUUUUUAAUUUCUUGCACUUCACUGGAUAAUGCCAAAUAGCAAUACUCUGGCUUUAGUGCUGAGUCUGUGUUACAAAGGAAGACUUAUGGCUAUCGGUUAUGGGACUCUGGAAGGCUCAUAACGGAAACAGAAGCCCAAGGUCUACUUUGUUCCUUAACUCAGAAAAAUGGGGAUGUUAAACUAGAAUACUUGAAUGCUGUUUUAUAAGAGAGAACUCCUCAGGACAUAAGAAAUCAAAUAAACAUAAUUCAGUUGCAAAUGGACUAAAACAAGGAACUUAUAAUCUCACGCCAGUGAUCACUGUUGCAGUGAAAGAAAAAGAAAUAUGCACACACAACUAACAUGAGCUCCUUCUGUGCCGUUUGAGCUUGGACACUUUUCAGAGAAAUGUUAUUAAGAGUUAUUCUUUUCCCAUGGCUAGGUCGAAAUGUGUAAUGUCAGUGUAAAACCAAUUACAGCUGUGAAUUGCAUGAAGUGUAUUGUGAAAUGAACACCAGAUUAAGCAUUGUCAGGUUAAUGUAGCAUGCUAAGGACUCUAGAAAAAUAAACUAAGAUCAUGAUCUUGGUUUAUGUCAUUUAUACUGCGCAAAUACAUUCUGAAGACAGAGAGCUGAUUAAUCCUCAGUCAGGGUUAAAAUGUCCAGCUCCAGCAACUGCAGUCGAGGGAAGCCUCUUUUUCCAAGUCUGGGUUCUGCUUCCCUGCCUAGUAGCUUGCAACUGAGAUUAGGCAAAUGUUGUCAUCAGGGAAGCUGAGGUCUUGAGUAUGUACUGCAGACACUUCCAAGCUCAGCUAAGUAGAGCUUGCUACAGUCACAGAAAGUAGAAAACAAAAGGCUCUCCCAGUGCUUCAGAAGCAUCUUUUUUUUCCUAUACUGUAGAAGUAGAAAGAAAAGGAAAUAGAAUGUAAUAGCAGGCCUUUCUUUAAAAUAAUAUUUAGCCAAAUGGCAACUUCCCUAAAUGUAGAAAAGUAUUGAUUUGAACAAUUUAUUGCAUGAUUGCAUGCAUUGAUUACACUGCAUAUCUUAUGUGUGUCUGAGUAACAUUAGGAAUUGCUUCU